GAACCAGGAACCGGAUGUAUUUUGUUGCUCCGGCGAAACGCUGGAGAGAUGGCUACCGGGACAGACCAAGCGGUAGGAUUUGGCCUUGUCGCCGUUAGCUUGAUCAUCUUCACUUACUACACCACUUGGGUGAUUCUCUUGCCGUUCAUUGACAGCCAGCAUGUCAUCCACAAGUACUUCCUGCCCCGAGCCUACGCUGUCCUCCUCCCACUGGCCGCAGGCCUCCUGCUGCUCCUGUUUGUGGGAUUGUUCAUCACCUAUGUGAUGCUGAAGAGCCAGAAGACAACCAAGAAGGCUCAGUGAAGGGAUGAGGCUGCAGGGGCCUUCUCCGUAUCUCCUCCAGGAAAGGGACCCAGGGUCACAGCCGAAAGACAGUCAAGCCCUCUGUGGGACAUGGGGCUGUUUUCUUCUCAGUUUGACAAGCUGGAGCCUUCUCUCUCUUGGUCAUCCUUUUAGAAGCCAAGAAGAAGGCGGGUUGGGAAGCCUCUCACUCACUGCCCUUGGGCUCAGAGGCUGAACAUCACUGGUUGGUCCUGUCCACCUCACAGUCAAAGCUCCCUGCCCCUUCCGCAGAGUUCUCUUCUCUCACCUCUGUGCUCCUCCCGCUGUGCUGAUGGACUGAGCAGGCCUUCCCGCCUCUCUGUACCAGUCCUGUCCCGUCACAAGGCAGCUCUUCUGAAUCUGACAGUUCCCAGGCUCCAUGAGGACUUCUGGACCCAGAAAGCCCUGGGGAAAGACUGACAAAAAACCCCAGAACCACAGGGUUACAUCCAGGCAGCCACACUAGACCACAACUGGCCCGUUUGGGAAAACUUACAAAUAAAUGUUAAUUGUGUUGGU